AUGACGCCGACUGGAUCUCAGGAUGCUCUUUCUCUCUUCGUGGUUUUCGUAUUGUAUCUCUUGCAACUCUGCGUUCCGAUAUGCAAUAUAAGAAGCAAAUACCUAUUGGCUGGAUGUCGUGUUCUACCAAUCAGUCACCAGUUCAUAGCUGCCUCCUGCCUGAGGAGCGUUGUAGUCAAGUUCUCGAGCAUUCACACCAUCGAAUUCAACUCAAUCUCUCAUCCACACAACCAAAACUUUUUCCUCCGAAAACAAAUGCCUUCUCCGUUUCACCAGAAGUACUCCACGCAGAGCCACAAGGUCUUCGGCGACAACACUGUGCCUGCCAUGCCUGAGGGACCUAAGCAAGAUACUGAUCGACGUGCGUCUGACUCGUCGAUCUCGUCGCAGGGCUAUGAUUACACACGGAGGAGGUCCUCCACCGCACAACGCUUUGCCAAUCUUGAGGCACUGAAGCGUCCACAAGAUGAGCGGAGCGCAGCCAGGAGACAAUCGCUUCAUGAUUCGUACGGCAAAGUCGGAUUUAUUGGUAGUUUGUGGAACAACUUCACUCGUGGCCCUCCCCUGCCUGCCAGCCAGACGAAAAAGCCUGAGGAGGCCCGGGACAUUAGCACUUUGAGAAAUUAA